GCUAGGCCGCGCUGCGCUGCGCCGCGCCGGCUGAGGGGGCCGGAGCCGGGCCAUGGCGGCGGCGGUGGACGCUGAGGGCCGGCCUGCGGUCCUAGAGGCAGUGAUAGCGGCGCCUCCGGAGCGGGGCGGUGGGAGCUGCGUGCUGUGCUGCGGGGACCUAGAGGCCACUGCUCUGGGACGCUGCGACCACCCGGUGUGCUACCGCUGCUCCACCAAAAUGCGGGUGCUGUGUGAGCAGCGCUACUGCGCCGUGUGCCGCGAGGAGCUGCGCCAGGUGGUCUUCGGGAAAAAGCUUCCUGCCUUUGCCACUAUACCCAUCCAUCAGUUGCAGCAUGAGAAGAAAUAUGACAUCUACUUUGCAGAUGGGAAGGUGUUUGCACUCUACAGGCAGCUGCUGCAGCAUGAGUGCCCACAGUGCCCCCAGCUACCACCCUUUGGCCUCUUCGGGGACCUGGAGCAGCACAUGCGGAAGCAACAUGAGCUCUUCUGCUGCAAGUUGUGCCUGAAGCACCUCAAGAUAUUCACAUACGAACGCAAGUGGUACUCACGAAAGGACCUGGCUCGACACCGUAUGCAAGGAGACCCUGACGACACAUCACACCGAGGACAUCCACUUUGCAAGUUCUGUGAUGAGCGCUAUCUGGACAAUGACGAACUGCUCAAACAUCUGCGCCGUGACCACUACUUCUGCCACUUCUGUGACUCAGAUGGGGCCCAGGACUACUACAGCGACUAUGCAUACUUGCGGGAGCACUUCCGAGAGAAGCACUUCUUGUGUGAGGAGGGCCGCUGCAGCACAGAGCAGUUCACUCACGCCUUCCGCACUGAGAUUGAUCUCAAGGCACACAGAAUGGCCUGCCAUAGCCGCAGCCGUGCAGAGGCACGCCAGAACCGCCAAAUUGACCUGCAGUUUAGCUUCACACCAAGGCACUCACGCCGGACUGAGGGCUCAUGGCUGCGGACUGGGGAACCUCUCCUUCAAUAUGACCUGGAUGGCAGACCCAUCAGUCCUUCUGCCCUGUUAGGGGCCAGGACAGUGACAGGCUGUAUGCUGACCACAGGGGUCGUCAGCGGUGAGGACUAUGAGGAGGUGGACAGGUACAACCGCCAGGGCCGAGCGGGCCGGGCCAGCGGGCGUGGAGCCCAGCAGAGCCGCCGAGGAAGCUGGAGGUACAAGAGGGAAGAAGAGGACCGAGAAGUAGCAGCUGCCAUCCGGGCAUCUGUGGCUACUCAGCAGCAGGACGAGACUCGUAAAAGCGAGGACCAUGAGGAAGGCAGCAGGCCCAAGAAAGAGGAAGGAGCUGCCCGGGGUUCUGAGGAGCCCCAUGGUCCUCGCCACCUACCCCGUACUCAGGGUGAAGGCCCAGGCCCCAAGGAAGCCUCAGGAAAUGGUCCAGUAAGCCAGGAAGCCAGCCAAGGCCCAGGUCCAGCAGCUGCCCCUCUAAGCACCCUCCUCCCACCUACCCCAAAGCUCAAGGAUGAAGACUUCCCCAGCCUCCAUGCCUCCACUUCCUCCUGUUGCCCAGUGACCGCAUCAGGCCCUAUAGGGUUGGCAUUGGUAUAUCCUGGGGCUACCAGAGGCAGGAACACUUUCCAGGAAGAGGACUUCCCUGCCUUGGUGUCCUCAGUGGUCAAGCCCAGCACUACUGCCCCUAGCCUCAUCUCUGCCUGGAAUAGCAGCUGUGGCAAGAAGGGGGCUGUGCCCACCCCUGGGGCUCAGGCUACCAGUGGGGGUGGCCAGCCCCCUAAGAAGCCAGGGAAAGGUAGCAAGGGGUGUCGGAAGGCUGACUCAGUCCCUGUGGAAGAAGAAGAGGGAGGUGGCCUCACUGUGCAGGAGCUGCGGGCUAUACCCACCACAGUGGCUGUCUCUACCCUGCUGGGAUCAGCCUCCACCUAUACCUCCACCAAGGUCAGCAAGAAGAAGAAGGUGGGCUCUGAUAAGCCUGGCGCCGUGCCAUCCCCUCCAGUGCCCCCUGAACGUACACCAAAUCACCCUGGAGCUGAGCAGGUUCUCGACAUCUCUGUAAGCCGAGCUGAGGGGCCAGUACCUGUCAUCAAUGGACACACUGAAGGGCCAGCUUCAGUACGGAGUACCCCCAAGGAACCCCCUGGGCUUCCAAGGCCUCUGGGGCCUCUCCCAUACCCCACACCCCAGGAAGACUUCCCUGCACUGGGAGGACCCUGCCCACCCAGGAUGCCUCCUCCUCCAGGCUUCAACACUGUGGUGCUCCUGAAGGGUGCCCCACCCCCACCCCCACCAGGCCUGAUGCCUCCCAUCAGCAAGCCACCCCCUGGCUUCUCCAGCUUCCUACCUGGACCCCACCCAGCUUGUGUCCCCAGCCCCACCACCACCACCGUGAAAGCACCCAGGCUAACACCCAUACCACGGUCCUACAUCAUCCCUGCGAACUUCCAGGACAGGAAUCUCAAGCUUAUCCAGUCUAUCAUGGUCUUCCUGCACAGUGAUAAGGCCCGCUUCAGCAAGUUCAAGAGCCACUCCGGGGAGUUCCGAAAGGGAAUGAUCUCUGCAGCCCAGUAUUACAGGAGCUGCCGGGACCUGCUUGGGGAGAACUUCCAGAAAAUCUUCAGUGAGUUGGUGCUGCUAUUGCCUGACAUAGCCAAGCAGCAUGAACUGCUGUCUGCACACACGGACUUCUGCAGCCGUGAAAAGCCUCCUGUUGCCAAGUCCAAGAAGAAUAAGAAGAAUGCAUGGCAAGCUAACACCCAGCGUAUGGGCCUGGACUGUUGUGUGUGCCCUACCUGUCAGCAGGUGCUUGGACAUGAUGAUGUCAGCAGCCACCAGGCAUCACAUGCCCGGGAGGAUGACUUCCCCUCCCUGCAAGCCAUUGCCAGGAUCAUCACGUAGCUCCUGGCAGAGUGGGCAGCUGUCACACCUAUGCAGUUCCUUUUCCCUUCCUCCUCUUGGCUGCCAGGCAGCCAGGUUAGGCCCUGGGGAGGCCACUGCUCAGAGCCUGCAGUUGGCCAAGCCUGCUGGGAGUCACCAGGAAGGGCUGCCAUGGGCUGACAGCACACUGUUUUGUCUCAUUCCCUGCUAAUUAGUGAGACAGUCUUGGUUUGUAUUUUGUGCUUUGGAAGGUGCCAAGGAAGAAAAGGGCUGGGAUGCUGGGAAGUGUGUCUGCAGUCACAGCCACAGGCCACAGUAGCCCAGAUUGGGUCUCCUGAGUCUGAGACCUGCAGCCCCCAGAGCCGAAAGCUGUGAGUCCACUGGUGCUGGGUCAGAUGUAGAGUGUGUUGUGUAAGGAGUUGACUUUCAUAACUCAAGAAUGUUGGGGAUUAAAGCAGACACAAAUUGUGCUACUUGAAGUUGAACCUUUUUACAAGACAAGCUGAAUCUGUGAUCUUAAAUUGUCUCUGACCUUUUAUAAGACAGUUUAUCUUCAAAUAAAUUUUAUUUUGCAGUACUGCA